AUGCGCUUCUGCUACUUCGUUUUCCUGCCUUCUGUCGCUUUGGCCAUCAUGGCCACCAAGUCAUCGAAAACGUCCCACUCGAUCGUCCACGUGGUCUCCCUCCGUGACGUUGCCAACCAUCGUAACGAUGCUCUGGUCAAUCGGGCGUUGAGGGCGCUGGUGGCUCUCGAUGACGAUGAAGAAAGAUGGCCGUUUUCGACUUCGCGUACCCAAGCGUUAGUUGAGUUAAUCGAAAGCCAUGGAUCUUUUUUCAAUGAUAGGCACAUGAUGGAGGCCGCCAUACAAACCUGGUACAAACUGGUUGAAAAAGAUCAUGUGAUGGCCAAGUUGGGAAAACAUUAUUCUGCCGCGCCAGGACCUGUCCAUGACACCGACGGUGAAGCUCUCGCCUAUAAGCUAGUAACAACCUAUACGGACCGCGGAGUCGCUCGAGCGAUUCGACAUACGAGAGCUGAUACGAGAGCUGAUGGGACGCUUUCUCCAGAGGCAAACCGCGUGAUCCAGUUGCAGGAUAUAAUGGCAAACCAUUGGCGAGAGCGGGGACUCACCAUAAACGACGUUCUUUCGAAUUUUGACACUAAAGACGACGCUGACUUUUUCGCAUCCACGGCCUUCACUUUUUUUGAAAGGUAUGUCAAAGACCAGGGAAACGCAAAUCAAGCCAUAUUCGCGUACUUUAAUUCCAGUCCCAGCAGAUACUUUUCCGCUGUCCUGGACGCGAUGGCAAAGUCUGGUGCUAAUCGUUCAGCGAUUGACGAAAGCAAAAAGUGGCUGCUUCGAUUUUGUGCGAAGGAAGGUGCCACUCUUGAUACGUUUGAAAACUCGCUGACCUUUUUCCAGACUGGAGGGUAUGCGCCGAAUGAGGAUUCGAAAUUCAAGGAACUCGUACCCCGUCAGAUCAAGCAACUCGUUGAUGAUUUUAAGAAGAUCUUGCCUACUGAAUGA